AAGCUAGGGGAGAGCUUGAGCUUCUUGGCCGGCAAUGGCGCCGGCGCGCGGGUUCGUGGAGAGGCUGAGCACGGUGGAAGGGCGGCUGCUGCGGCUGGAGGUGGUCGUCCUCGCCAGCGCCGUCGUCCUGGCGGCGCUGGUGCUGUACGGCGCCACCCGCCGCCGGAGCAGCGACAAGCUCCUCCGCGGCGUGAUGUGGAUGGCCUACUCGCUGUCCUACGUGGUGGUGUCCUACGCCGUGGGGCUGAUCCAGGACGGGCCGUUCCGCGGCGAGACGUUCGUGCUGUGGGCGGCGGCGCUGCUGCUGAUCCAGGCGAGCGCGUACGCGGCGCCGGUGCACAGCCGCCGCGAGUUCAGCCAGCGGAAGAAGCUGCUGCUGCAGCACGUCCUCCAGACCGCGCUCGUGCUCUGGCUCAUCGCCAACGCCACCGGCCGGAACGCCAGCUACCGGGCCGCGAUCUGGGCGUUCUGGUGCCUCAACGUCCUCAAGACGGUGGCCAAGAUCGUCGAGAUGAUCAAGGCCAGCAUCCCCGACCAGUCCGUCAAGCUGAUCGCCGACUACAUGGACGUCGAGGAGUCGCUCGCCGGUGUCGGCGACGGCGAGCCGCCGGACCCGACGACGAUGAAGGGCUACAGGUACAUCUUCCACGGCGAGGACACCAUGGUGCCGGCGACCCGCGACGACAUGGUGAGGCAGAGCGACGGCAAGUCGGUGGUCACCAUCGACCGCGUGUACCGGUGGAUCGACGACGAGCCCGGGUACAGCGGCGUGGAGAAGGACAUGGCGAGGGACUUCUGCCUCGCGUUCGCGCUGUUCAAGCUGCUGAAGCGGCGGUUCUACGGCUUCGUCCCGGCGGAGGCCGGCUCGCCGAGGGCGCGGGACCUCGUCUGCGGCGGCCUCAUCCGGCCGGCCGUCACGGGGCCCGACGCCGCGUUCCGCGUCGUCGAGGCGGAGCUCGCGUUCCUCUACGACGAGUUCUACACCCGCAACGUCGUGCUCGUCGGCGCCAGGACCUACGUCUGCAUCGCCGCCGCCGUGGCCGGGAUCACCAUGUGGACGGCGUUCUUCGGCACGCUCGGCCCGGGCUACCACCGCCUCCGCAUCGGCGUGCGCGGCCUCGACCGCUCCGUCACGGUGCUGAUCGUCGUGAUCACCGCCGGCCUCGAGCUCUGCCAGGCGGUGGCCGGCUUCUCCAGCAACUGGAGGUACGUCAAGACGGUGUACCGCUGCGUGCGCGACGACCAGCCGUGGACGAACAGGCGGCACGGCCACCUCUGGUGGAAGGAGAGCAUCACGCCGCCGGCGACGAGGUACUGGGACGACAAGGUCGGCCAGUACGUGCUCCUCAAGCGGUUCGGCCACCGGCCAUGGAACAUCCUGUCGUGGCUGACGCUCUACCUGGUGGAGCCGCGGCGGCAGGGGCAGAAGCGCGGCCGGAGGAAGCGCCUGCCGCAGGAGGUCCGGCGAGCGGUGCUCGUGUCGCUCAAGGCGAGCUACGGCCACCUCACCAAUGGCGUCUCCACGCUGCGGAGGCACGGCCUGACGCCGCAGCUGGAGUGGGCGUGCGCGUUCCCCAAGCUCACCGACCAGAUCCUGGUGUGGCACGUCGUCACCACCCGCUUAGACUGGACGAGCGGCGGCGGCCAUGGCCGGAGCCGCCGCCGCGACAACGGCGGCGACGUGAACAGGGUCGUGGCGACGAAGCUGUCGAACUACUGCGCCUACCUGGUCGCGUUCGUGCCGGAGAUGCUGCCGGACCCGAGCUACAACGCGGAGCAGAUGUUCGACACGGCGGUGCAGCAGGCGAGGGACCACCUGGGCGGCUGCAGGACGGAGAGCGCCGUGCUCCAGAGGCUGCAGGAGAUCGAGGACGAGGAGCGGCGCGGCGCCGUGCGCGAGAGGGCGGGCAGCGCCACCGUCAUCGAGAAGGCGGCGCUGCUCGGCGGGCAGCUGAGGGCGGCCGUGGACGAGGCGCGGCGGUGGCAGGUGCUGGCCGAGUUCUGGGCGGAGUUCAUCCUGUUCCUCGCGCCGUCGGACAACGUGGACAUCCACGCCGAGGUGCUCGGCGCCGGCGGCGAGUUCAUGACGCAGCUGUGGGCGCUGCUCUCCCACGCCGGCGUCCUGGAACGGCCGGCCGUCGCCGCGACGCCGUCGCCACCGACGGUGUGAUCAGAUUGAUCGAUGGUUAUGUUCGAGAUCGUGCAAGCUAGAUAGGGGAUGCAAAUUUAGUUGCUCCAUCCAUGAAUUCAUUUUAUAUUUUGAAACA